CAGAAAUGAAAAUUGCAUCAAGUUCACUAUCUGAAUCAUUUAACAUUUAUGACCAUCUUUCUGACAGCAUGAUUCCCUCAAAUAAUCCAGGAGCCUCUGGGGAAAGAGUAUCAACAAGCUAUCGUAGAACGAGCCAAAAUAAUAGCCAAAAGAGAUAUAUUCUUGGAUUUGUGCUAAUGAUAAUUUCAGUUUUCUUGCUCACAGUUGUCCAUAGUUUGACCAAAUACAUUCCUAUGAGGAGUCCUUAUAUCGGUUCAUACGACUUGGUAUUAUCAAUAGGUUUGUGCGUGACUCCAAUUAACCUGAUCGCUGCACUGGUCUAUAAAGUAGAACUCAGGCCAACCAAAUAUGAGACAAAGGGACUACUACUUCUAGUAGCAAGGAUUUUUAUAGGAUUACUUAAUAACUUAUGUGUUAUUUGGGGGAUAACAAGAGUCCCUCUUUCAAAAAGUGUGUUCAUACUAAGCCUUUCACCCAUUUGAUGAACUCUAUUGGCAUCUUUAUUAUUAAAAGAAGUUAUCUCUAAAGCCACAAUUUUCUGUCUUAUUUGGGGAUCUGUUGGAGUCUAUAUUUUGACACUCAGUCAUCCAGAUGAUGGAGAGGGAAAAUUGUUAGGUUAUUUAUCUCUGAUUUUAUCGAUAUGGCUAAAUGGAGCAUUAUUUGUAUUGACUAAGUCGCUAUCUUUAUUCAAAUUUCAUUUCUCAAUAGUAAAUGCAUGGUUUGGGUUGAUCUACUUCAUCCAACCACUAGCAUUAAAUCUAUUCCGAGAAAACACUGUAAACAUAUCUCAAUACGACCUAGUUGAUGUAAUUCUUCUUUUGACACAUGGAUUUUUUGGAGCAUUAACCAUAAUAUGAAUCUUCCUUGCUGCUAAGUUCACAAAAGCAUCAUUCACAUAUACUUUCCUUACGAAACCCCCCAAUUUCACUCAACGGCCAUUUACUGACACCCAAGCAUGCUAUAUCCCUCCAAUCCUACAUCUAGAGACCAUCUUCGCCAUAAUUCUCGACAUAUUCCUCUUCAAAUACCACUUCACCACCUCAGACCUCCUCGGCAUAUCCCUCCUCACCCUCUCCAUCGCAGUCCACGUUCACGCCACCUUGCCAAAAUAACCCCUAAAACUCCCUUAAAACCCCCAUUCUUCCACCCAUUCA